AUGACGGCCAUCUCGGUGACGAGCGUGAACGUGCUGGACAACCCCUCCAAAGAGUUCCUGCGCGUGGGCUACUACGUGAACAACGAGUAUGUGGAGGAGGAGCUGCGAGACAACCCGCCAGACGUGCCGCUCAUCGACAGGCUGCACCGCAACAUCCUGGCAGACAAGCCGCGCGUCACCAAGUUCAAUAUUGACUGGGACAGCGCGCGGGAGGCGAGCGGGCUGCAGUCGGGCAUGGAGGUGGACAGCUAG